UUGCAGGCAGCAUUCUAGUGCUAAUCAUCACAUGCUCCUUUUCCUUCUAUUGUAUGCAUUUUUUUGAGAGUAGUUAGUGUCUCUUUAUAGUCAGAUCCACCUAGUUUUGCCUGCUAAUGACUUCCUGGCCAUCAAGAGGUCCACGCCAGGGUUAUUUAAAUACCUGAAACGUGGAACAAUUAAACCCUCUGCUGAAACUGUAGCCUAGUGGGAGCUAUAGGAUUACUUCCUUGGGUAACUCACUCCUCUACACUUGAGUCAGGUGAAGGCGGUCUAGGUAGAGACUUCCGGAUGUGCUUGUAGUAAACAUGGGCUGUGGAGGCAGGCACUGAGGGGGGACCAGGAGGUGCACUCGAGAUCCCGAAAUGGUGUGUUUGGAAGAGCUGACCCUGGACCAGGCAAUUGCAGAGUGUCCAGAGAAUGUCAGCGACUCUCGCUGCUGCCUGGAAACCUGUGGGAUGACCUGCACCCACUAGGAUGCCUGGAUGGUUCAAAAAGGCGUGGUAUGGGCUGGCAUCUUUACUCAGCUUCUCCUCCUUUAUCCUGAUCAUCGUCGCCCUGACAGUGCCCCACUGGCUGAGUGGGAAAAUCCUUUGUCAGACUGGAGUGGACCUGGUCAACGCCACCGAUCCAGAGCUGGUCAAGUUCAUUGGGGAUAUUUACUAUGGGCUCUUCCGAGGAUGUAAAGUGCGACAGUGCGGGCUUGGGGGCCGCCAGUCCCAGUUCACGAUCUUCCCCCACCUGGUGAAGGAACUCAAUGGAGGCCUCCACGUGACAAUUCUGCUGCUCCUCUUCUUGGCCUUGGCCCUGGCUCUGGUCAGCAUGGGCUUUGCCAUUCUCAACAUGAUCCAGGUUCCAUAUAGGGCAGUCAACGGCCCCGGGGGCAUCUGCCUAUGGAAUGUCCUUGCAGGUGGAGUCGUGGCCUUGGCCAUCACCAGCUUCAUGGCCGCCGUGAAAUUUCACGACCUGACUGAGCGCAUCGCCAACUUCCAGGAGAAGCUGUUCCGCUUCGUGGUGGUGGAGGAACAAUAUGAAGAGUGCUUUUGGAUCUGCGUGGCCAGUGCCUCUGCCCACGCUGCCAACUUGGUAGUGGUGGCAAUCAGUCAAAUUCCGCUCCCGGAGAUUAAGACCAAAAUUGAAGAGGCCACGGUCACGGCUGAGGAUAUCCUAUACUGAUGGCCCUCUGCUGCUUACACCUUUUCCUGAGUCAGUUCUGCAGUGUGAACGGGGACCUCCCUUUGCGUGCAGCCUUAGCAGUCCAGAACGCCCAUGUUCUGGAAGGUAAGAAGAAAAAAGUGGAGGGAGGAAGGGCGGUGCCUAGAUCAGAAAAGAAAGCUUUCCUGAACUCCUGGCAUCCCUGCCCUUUCUUCACACUGACCUUGGAGUUAGAGACCGCUACUUGCCAGCUGUGUGGACACUGGACAAUUCACUUAAUGUCUGCUUCUCACUCCUCUCAUCUUUAAAAUGGGAGUAAUAAGACCUCACUAGGUUGUAAUGAGGUUGAAAUGGGCAAUAUUGUUGCCAACCUUUGAAUGAAUAGAUGUAUCUAUGAUUAGAGAGCACUCAACAAAUAUAAGGUAAUGAACACUCCAAUAAAUACCUAUAGAUCCCU